AGCCUAUUCAAAGACUUGGUGCUCAGGCACCAAAGGGUGUAAGCUUUCUAACUCAUGGGAAUUCGCCGUUGGUGAAGGAAAGUGAUUCCAAAAAAUUAAGUCAGCAGGUAGUUCCUUCUAAGUCAGACAAUACACAAAAGCCAAACAAUGUUAUCAAGAUUCCAACUGAAACUGCAAGUACACCACGUGGCAUAAACUUCCUUUCCUUUGGAAGAGCUCCUUUGACUGAUCCCACUCCCCAGACAAUGCCAAACUUGCUUAACAGGGAUUGCAGAAUUGGAAAAUUUCAGUUUGGUGAAUUCUGUAAAGGUAAAGAAGCUGGUUCAUCUCCUCCAACAAGUGGUGAUAUUUGUAAAUUUGAGACGAGAAGUGAAACCCCCAUUAAAUCUACACCUCGAGGUAUUAGCUUACUCUCAUUCAGCAAAGCUUCAUCAGAUGGUUCGAGUUCAAAAGACCAAAACAUCAGUUGUAGUAAAGAGCACAAGAUCACUUCACAUGUGGCUCCUCAUGAGAGACAAGAUUCUCCAAGUAAAAUAAAAUACUCCAAGAACAUGCAAUUUAAUCUGUUAUCUUCUUCACUUUCAUCCAAUCAGCUCUUUGGUCAGUCCACAGUGGGACACAGUGUAGGACUUCCCAGCUCAUCAUUCUUGGUAAAUAUGCCAGGCUCAGCACAAAAGGCCCUCCAAACAACUUUAGCAUUCUCAGCUAAGUUCGAGCCUGGAAUCAAGUUAGAUCAAUCAAUUGUUCCUUUUCCUUAAUUGCCCACGCCGUAUGAUGAUGGAUUGGUGGAAGCAAAGUGUUACUUGCGUUGUUCAUGAUGCACAUGAUUUAGUUGUUAUUAUUGCGCUCAAUCCAAGACACGAUAUUGCAACGUGGAGAAGAGUUGGAAGGGAUAACAUAAGGUAACGUAAACACAGUACUAUGUGUUUUCAUUUUCUUGUACCAUUAAAGACUAAGAGAGAAGAGAAAUGCUUCAUCAAUUGCUAACCACCCAGUCUAUAGUGCAUGUGGGUUAUACAUCACCAAAUUUUACGGGCUCUAGAAUCUGAAGGGGCUGCCGCCUUGAUGGACUUAAUCAAGCACAAAGGAUAAACACCAUCAGUUUAGGCCAUUAACUAGCUUUGCUAGCACCCCCUGUGGCUUGGGAGGUAUGUAUCCCUACAGUUGUACAACCUGCUGUCACACAUUGUAGAGAAGUAGGACCAAAUGAUGGUUCAAUCAAGGUCUCUUUGGAUUGGUUGGCUGGGGAAAUUGGGAAAGAAUUUAACAUUUUAGUUGUUUCUUCUCGAAGUCACGUGACUGCAUGAAUAGCUGUUACUCCCUCCGUCUACAAAUUGUUGUACAUAUAAACGGGCCGUUCCAGGUCUAGCAAAUCUUAAAUGUUGAGAACCUCCACGACCUAUUUGAACGAAGGAGCCAGCCCCCCCCCCCCGUUUUUUCAUAGACGGAGUAAAUAAAUAGGAAAGAGUUUC